AUGCAUAUAAACGACUGGAAUAGCGGUUCGGAAAAUCAACAUGUUUCCCUACAAGAUGUUUUUGUACUUCUCGCCGUUGGGCUUCAAAAGCCAAACCCAAAGUACAAGGCAAAGGACCAUCAAAAUGCCUUGUCAAAGCGACUUGCACUUUGGAAGGACGGUGAUAUCAAUAAGCUAUUACGUGAGGGACGAAUCAUACAAAGUCGUAUUGGAAAAUUUAAAGGAUCAAACCACCCUGAUAAAGCUAAAGUGUUUGCUAAGCUUGUGCUAGAAGGUCAAAUCAACUCAGCCCUUCGCUUCCUGAGUGAAACCACAGAUGGCGGCGUGUUAACGUUAACUGACGAUGUAAUGACGCAAUUAAAACAGAAGCAUCCUGAGCCACAACUAGCAAAACUCGGAUCGGUAUUAUUUGGCCCGCUCAACGACGAGAUACCCGAAUCUAUUUACUCACAGAUCAAUGGUGAGAUGGUUAGACAAGCAGCUUUGAGAACAAAGGGAUCCGGAGGCCCGUCUGGUGUCGAUGCUAACGGCUUUAGAAGCAUGUUGGCAUGUAAGUCCUUUAAGCAAUCAUCCACAAGACUGUGCGAAGCUAUAGCGAGAAUGACCAAGACUUUGUGCACACAAUAUAUCGAUCCUACCACUAUUGAAGAAUUGAUUGCUAGUCGUUUAAUUCCCCUAGACAAAGGCGAAGGUGCGGUAAAACCUAUCGGAGUAGGAGAGGUAAUAAGGAGGAUAAGUGCAAAAUGUGUUAAGAGCUUUGCAAAGAAGGAUGUUGUGGAAGCAAGUGGAUCGUUACAAUUAUGUGCUGGGCAAAAGUCUGGAAGUGAGGCUGCAAUACAUGCAAUGAACACCCUGUUUGAAGCUGGUGACAUUCAUGCUGUUUUACUUAUCGAUGCUUCUAAUGCAUUCAAUGCACUCAACAGAACUGUGGCUCUGCAUAACAUCCGUGUGUUAUGUACGAUAAUCGCUGCCUACGCUAUAAACAUCUACAGACAGCCAGCUCGGCUGUUUAUUGUUGGCGGCAAAGAGAUUGCGUCAGCAGAAGGAACCACACAAGGAGAUCCUUUGGCAAUGGCCUUUUAUGCGAUAAGUACCCUGCCUUUGAUCACGAGUCUACAGGCCGCAUCUACCGUGAAGCAGUGUUGGUUCGCAGACGAUGCGAGUGAAGCUGGUUGUGUGACACAAAUUAAAGAUUGGUGGGAUGCAUUGAAUACUCUUGGUCCAAAUUUGGGAUAUUUUCCGAAAGACGAGAAAUGCUGGAUUAUUGUUAAGCCCGAAAAGGAAGAAAGUGUGAGAGAAGUCUUCCAUGGAACGGAUAUCAACGUAACAGUGCAUGGGCAAAAACAUCUGGGAGCAGCGCUAGGUUCACGAGAGUAUCUGGAGGAAUAUGCCAAUUGGAAGGUCUCUAAUUGGGUCAACGAAGUGACAGCAUUAGCCGAAUUUGCACUGUCUCAACCACAAGCGUCCUAUGCCGAAUACAUAUUUGGUUUGAAACAUCGUUGGACCUACUUCCUAAGAACCCUGCCAGACAUCCAGGACCUACUAGAGCCACUCGAAAAGGCAAUAUCGCAGAUUCUCAUCCCCGCUAUCACAGAUCACCAGUGCAAUCCACUCGAUCGGGACAUUCUAGCACUUCCAGCAUGUCUGGGUGGCCUCGGCUUGGAAAAUCCAAGUCAUGAGGCAGAACGUCAGUAUGUGUCGUCAAAAAGAGUGAUAGCACCCCCUGUUGAUCAGAUUGUAGCGCAGUUACAUGAGCUACCCGACGAGUCGCAUAUAAAAUCAGCGCAACAAGCCGUUAGAAAAGAAAGAGUGCAAGAGUGGGAGGAGAGGGCAGAACGUAUUAGAGAGAGUGCACCACCAAGAAUUCAGCGUAUAUCAGAUGUGGCUUCGGAAAAAGGAUCAUCUGUGUGGCUCACAGCACUUCCCUAAAAGAACAGGGAUUCAACUUGAAUAAGGGAGAAUCUCGGGACGCCGUAAAGCUGCGCUAUGAUUGGCCAAUCGACGACAUCCCCUCCAUAUGUGUAUGUGGGGAUACCUUCACGGUUGACCAUGCUAUGAUCUGCAAACGUGGAGGCUUUUUAAUUAUGCGCCACAAUGAGUUAAGAGAUCUGGAAGCGGAACUCCUCAACAUUGUCUGUAGUGAAGUCCAAGUUGAGCCUGUCCUACAAAACAUCUCGGGAGAGCAACUAAAUGGAAGCUCCAACAGAGCACCUGAUGCUAGACUCGACAUUCGUGCGCGUGGGUUCUGGGAAAGUCAACGAUCAGCCUUUUUUGAUGUAAGGGAUUGUCCUCCCAAUGCUGAUUCGUACAAGGACCUGGAGCUACGCCAAGUCUACAACUACAAGAUACACGAAAACGAGAAGAAGCGCCUAUAUGCAAGGAGAGUCCUCGAAAUAGAGCAAGGAACAUUUACGCCACUCGUAUUCACCACCACAGGCGGUAUGGGCAAAGAAUGUAUGAGAUACCAUAGUCGAUUGGCAGAGUUGGUAGCCAUAAAGAAAGGAGAAGAUUAUUUCGACAACUAUGACUUGGAUAAGAGCCAGAACCUCAUUCGCUUUAUUGAGAUCGGCACUUACCUGCUUGAGGGGUUCAAGGGCAAGGAAAAUCAUGUAUGAUAUUAGGAACAUUGAUUUUAACAUUGAGAACGCCGAGAGUGCUAUCUCUCAAACAAUUUAGAUUGUACAAUAUACAAAGUUUAAUUGUUUAGUUAUUUAGCGGAAUAUGUUAGUUUAGUUAUUUAGCUACUUAGCGGUAAAUAUUUUAAUUAUGUAGCGGUAUAUGUUCCAGAAUUUGUUUUCAAAAUUUAACUGUACAUAUCAACAAACAUUUAGACACUUUUUUAAUUAUACCCAAAGAACAGAUUAUAUAAUAUAGUCAUUGAUAACAAAAGCAUUGUUGUAUAUAAUGAAAUGAUGAAUAAAGUUGUAAUUAUUAUUAUUAUUAUUAUUAUUAUUAUUAUUAUUAUUAUUAUUAUUAUUAUUAUUAUUAUACUACGGAUAACAGCGAAAAUAUUUCAGAAAAUGAACACAACGGCAAUGAUAUUAAUACAGUUAAUUACGAUAGUUUUCCUGAACUGAAGAAAGGCAUAAAUCUCCCGAAAAAUGAUUCUGAAUGGUCAACGGCUAAUGAUUAUUUUAAAUGUGCACUCCAGCCAAGUGAUCCAAUCACAUUGCAAGAUCUAAAUUCAAAAAUCAAGCUUUUAAAUGACGCGAUAUACAGCUACUUUGCAAAUAAUUAUGGACAUACUGAAACUAUACCCGACAAAAAUAUGGUAGCUAAAUAUAAAGAGUAUACGGUUAAAGAGUUAAAGAAAGCUUUAAAAAAUUUAAAAUCCAGAAAGGGUGAACUUAGUGAAAUUAAAUACGUAUCGCGUACAUUGCGUGACAGGCUCCGUAACAAUGGCAACGACGCCGAUGACUUAAAUGACA